AUGUCCUCAGACGCCGAGCUGGAUGCGAAGCUCACCGAGCUGCUGCGACUCAUGGUGAGUCGUCUGCCGAGCAACAAGACGCUGCCAACAGCGAUCGUGCAGCAGCUUCUGCGCGCUAAGUACGGUGACACGUACCCCGAGGCGUAUGUGGCCAGCCACUUGACCUUCAUUAGCGAUACAAUCAUGAAGCUCAUGAUAGAGAAGGAGAAGGCUGCGGCAGGAGUGACGGCGAACGGGGGCGCUAGUGAAGAGGAGGACGAGGAUGACAGCAGCACAUCAGACGAAGAUGACUCUGACGAGGGGGAUUCCGAAGAGGACGAGGAGGAGGAUGGAGUAUCCGGCUCCGAUGAUGACGACGACUUUGAUUCCGAUGAGGACGACGACGAUGACGAUGAGGACGAUGACGAUGACGAUGACGACGGCGACAACACAGAGGAGCCGAAGAGGAAGAAAACACGAGAGGAGGUGGUGGAGGGGAUUGCGGUAAAGGAGCAGCAGGGGCCUUCUGAUCCCUCCUCGGCAACGUCCGUGGCCGAGCGCUGCAAGGCCAUGGCAGAGUGCCUGCGCAAGCUGAGCUACCGCGUUCGAGGCCCCACCGCUGAGGAAAGCCUAGAGGAGUACCUGCAAAAGUUCCUGUCUGCCGAAUUCGAGAAGCACGGCAUGGACCCGAACAAGUACAGCAAGUCGGACAUCAAGCGCUAUCGCAUCCAGCGGGAAGUGGAGCUUCUGCAGCAGGACGGAGCGAGUCUCAGUCUCGACCGCCGCAACCGUGCAGGCCGCGGCUUCGGUGACGUGACGCUCAGCAAGGAAGCAGGCGGCAGCGUCACAAGAGCCACCCCGUCUUCGGCAGCGGCAUCGGCGCGGAAAACUUCGAUGUUCCUCGAUGAUUAG